AUGUCGGCUGAUUCUCUUAACGAUGAUCACUCGUCACGGUCGAAGGCAACAACAGAUGCCAAUUCCGGCGGCGGCGGCGGCGUAAAUAUUUCACAGUCACGUAGGGGGAGUCUGACUUCUCCGAGGGCAUCCGUUGUUCGUGGAGAUUCCGAACCUAUCUCGACCUCUGCCGCCACUUUAGUUAGUUCUUCAUUGUCGCCGCAGCCUAUUUCCGCCGCCAUAGAGCAGGAGUCCGCGUCUGAGAAUGUUUCAAUGGAGAAUUUGGGCCCGGAGACCAAGCUCGAGAGCUCUGAUACUGUCAACGACGGCAAUGCAGGCAGCCCGAAGAGGCCCGCUUGGAACAGGCCCAUAAACGCCGUGGUUGAUCCGGGGUCUGUUAUGGGCGGGGCCGUCUCCUGGCCCGCGCUCUCUGAACCUAUUAGCAGUCCUGUUCCGACAUCAUCGGAAUCCUCCUUUUCCGACUGCUCGCCAUCUUCUUUUCAGAGGCAAGAUAACGGCCAGGCUAAUGCAAAUGUUACUGAAAACCAUACAAUGCCGACUAGACAAAGGCCAUUGGGACAUCGUGGCCGAGGUGGUGGUGGUAUGUCUCCUAGGAAUGGACCAUCUCAACCUGGUUUUAAUUCCAUUAUGCCCACAGUGCCACCCCCUGUUCGGCCACCAUAUAUUCGAUUUGAAGUGCCUCAUGCGACUGUGGUAACAACUGUAAUGGAUACUCCUGUUAGAGGCGUGAGGCCAAUGGGAGGAGUCCGAGGUUCUCAAUUACAUACCAUCAAUGACCGUUCUCUGCACAGGAAUAACUCGAGAAGGGGUAAUUUUGGACAACGCGGCCAUGGUGAUGGGCCACAUUAUAACAAUCAUGGAGGCAGGCGCUAUCAAGAUCGCAGAGAUGGUCGUUUUCCCCAUCAGUAUAUUCGUCCUCCCACAGGGUUUUUGCCACCCCCAGCACCCCCUGGCAAUGCCACGCUCAUAAGGCAUCCACCCAUGACAGAUUUUGCAGACUCUCGGGGUUUUCAUAUGGCACCUCAAGCAAUCUACUAUCCUACACUGCCUCUGGGGUCCUUUAGGACUAUGCAGCUUGGUCCUUCUCCACCACCACCUCCACCACCUAUGCCCACCACUCUGCCCGCUUUGAUUAUUCAGCAAAUAGACUACUAUUUCAGUGAUGCUAAUUUGGAAGGAGAUUAUUUUUUGCGGGGAAAAAUGGACACGGAGGGCUGGGUAUCGAUUUCUUUAAUAGCUACCUUCCGUCGAGUGCAGAAAUUGACCCACAAUAUUCAGACAAUCUUGGAUUCUUUGAGAGCUUCAUCAGUUGUGGAAGUUCAGGGUGACAAGAUAAGGAAGCGUAACGGGUGGAAGAAAUGGUUACAAACUUCUAAUCAAGUUAACGCUGAUUCUGGCUCACAAGCAUCAGCUGAAAACUUGAUGGCUACAUCCUUGCAGAAGAAAGUUCGCAUCUUAGUUAAGGGAUGGCUGGAGAAGAGUACUUAUCAGAAAUAG